AUGAAAGAGAACGGAACCCGUUGUCGGCCACCUAAUAGGGUAAAUCCCACGCAGGAGACCCCAGAGAGAGUGACUGGGCAUAAAAGAGUGCCAGCCCAAGAGUCGAGAGAGCAGUCAGUGGAGAGAAGGGAGAGAAAGAUGGUUUGGGGUCAGUUCGCGCUUCUCAGCAUUUUCCUGUUUCCAGCCUUGUUUUCAGGCUUUCAGUCCUCCGAGGUUUCAUGUCCAGAAGAUUACGUGGUCAUGAAAGAAGAUGACUCUUAUACUCUUGAGUGCAAUUCAGGAGCUGAGGACAUUAUAUGGACCAUACCAUCAAACGAAUGUGUCGACCAGUCAUUGCAUGAUAAAACCCUGCAUCUCUUUGAUUUAAGUCAGCUAUGUGCUGGAACAUACACCUGUCAGACAAAGGACAGUCAACUCUUGACAUCCAAGCAUCUGCUUAUUGAUGUAGAUGAGAGUUUAAACAUCUUCUGCUUCACGGACUCCCACGUCAGCUCCACGCUCCAGUGUUCCGUUCACAUCCCCUUCAGCAGUGACACGUGUGUCCGGGCAAAAGUAAGUUCGGUGGAGGACACGGAGUGGAUCUAUAUGAAGUGGACCGAGGAUGAUAACGAGAAGCUAGAGUUUAACGUGACAAUGCGCGGUCUGUGUCCUUUCGAAGAGCAGACAAACCCCAUUUUGGUGACUGUGGAGGCAACGACUGAAAGCCAAUAUGCGGUUGGGUACAAGUCCUACUUUAUCCGGGACAUCGUGAUGCCCCGACCUCCGGAGAUUAGGGAGGAAAGCACCCGUUUGGUGUUGUGGAGUUACCCCGCACCGUGGGCAAACGUCUCGUCUUUCUUCCCUCUGCUAUUUGAGGUCAAUGUGAUCUAUAAAGACAACCAUGAAGUCUCUGAGCUGGUUCACGGAUCCAACCGAAGUCUGAGCAACGUGCGGUGCCUGCGCGUCCGAUGCAGAGAUCAGCUUUAUGACUCCAUGUGGAGCACGUGGUCCCGCGUCAUUCCUCAGAGUGAUUGGUGUUGGAUCAGAUAACAGAUUCCAUCUUCAGACAGAGGAGACAAGUGGAGAGACAGACGGGGAGAUAUCCAGGGAGACAAUUGGGGAGACAGAUGGGGAGAC